AUGGCUUCACCAGUUUCAAUGCGCUCAAUGCUCGGCUUGUCGGCCUCCACAGCUUCUACGAAUGACAGCGUUCUAGUCAUCAUCGAUGCGCAGAACGAGUACGCCAGCGGCAAGCUAGCAAUCUCGAACGUGGAGUCUUCUCGUGCUGUUCUUGUGUCUCUUCUUCAGAAAUACCGUGCCGCAAAAGCACCUAUUAUUCACGUCAUCCACGAAGUACCGUCUGGCGCUCCUGUCUUCACGCCCGGAACGGAGCUGGCCGAGGAAUUCCCAGAGCUGAAGCCCCUCGAAGGCGAGAGUGUAGUCACGAAGCACUUCCCUGGAUCGUUUACCGACACCAACUUGCAAGACCUGCUGAAGGCCACGGCUAGAAGCAAGGUUGUGCUGACUGGAUACAUGGCUCACGUAUGCGUUUCGACAACUGCACGACAGGCGAGCGAGAAGGGCUGGGACGUUAUUGCCGUUGAGGAUGCCAUUGGAGACAGAAACAUCCCAGGAACAACUGCAGAGGACUUGAAGAGAGUCAGUCUUGCCGAGAUUGCGGAUGCUUUUGGUACUGUCAUUCAAAGCAAGGAUAUCGUGUGA